AUGGGAUUCUAUAUCAACCCUAAACCAGCCAUUUCUACUCCUCUUUCUCCUCCACCCACCGUUGACACAACAACUAUAAAUGAAGAUAAUACCAAAAAUUCCCUCGAAGAGGACCUUGUCUCUAACCCCAAUGAUGUUGAUACAACUGCAAAUGAAGCAGUCUCAGAAAAUAAUACCAAAAACGCCCUCGAAGAGGAACUCCUCUCUAACUCCAAUGAUGUUGAUAUCUUGAGAAAUUUGUUAGAAAAUCACAUUAAGAAUAGAGAAUUAGUGGAUGCGCUUAGCAUAUUAAACAAGUUAAUCGAGCUCGAGUCGAAUGAGAUUGAAUGGUGUUUUUUGAAAUCUCAUUUGUAUGUUCAUAAUGGGGAGCUUGAAUUAGCCAAACUAGGAUUUAGAGAAGUAAUAUCGAAGGAUCCUUAUCACGUUGAGGCUUAUCGCGGGCUUGUUGUGGUGGCAGGAUCAGAAGUCGACUCGUUAGAGGAAAUGAAGGAAAUAGAGAAAGAAGUUGAGGAGGGAAUUAAAAUGUGUGAGGAGGAGAAUAGAAAGGAUGAAAUGAGGGAUUUUAAGCUCUUGCUUGCGCAAAUAUGGGUAAUUGAAGGUAAAUAUGAGGACGCUUUGAAGUUUUAUCAUGAGUUAGUCGAUGAAGAGCCGAGUGAUUUUAGGCCUUACUUGUGUCAAGGCAUGAUAUAUACAAUGUUGAAGAAGAACGACGAGGCUGAGAAGUAUUUUGAGAAGUAUCGGGGACUAGUACCGCGUGAGAAUCCUAAUGCAAGGUUUGAAUUUAUGAUGGCAACUUGA